AUGGAUAGACUGGAGAGAAGGUUGUUAUCCCAGGCGCAGGUAAAACCUUACAUCUGGUUACGAUACAUCGAUGACGUUUUCAUGGUGUGGACGGGGACCGAGCUUGAGCUGGAGGAGUUUUUGAAUUAUAUCAAUGAAGCCCAUGACACGAUUAAGUUCACUUGGGACUGGUCUAGAGAGAGAAUUAAUUACCUGGAUGUUCAGGUAAUAAAUAACAAUGGAAGAAUAGAGACUGAUUUGUACAUAAAGCCGACGGAUAAACAUCACUAUCUGUACCACACUUCGUGUCAUCCCCGGAUGUGUAAGGAAAGCAUACCAUAUGCCCAGGCUUUGAGACUUCGAAGAAUAUGUUCUAGGCUGGAUUGGUUUAAUCACAGGGCUGCUGAUCUAUGUAGGUUUCUUGUAGCCAGGGGAUAUAAAAAAGCAUUUGUUUUGAAGCAAAUUAGGAGAGCGAGAUUGAAAGCCAGAGAGGAAACAUUGGCACCACGCCUUAGGAAUGCUACUAACAGAGUGCCAAUGGUAGUGACAUACCAUCCAAGUCUUCCUAACAUUGGUAGUAUCCUACGAGAACUUCAGCCGCUCUUGCAUUCCUCAGAAAAAUGUAGGAAAGCCAUCAAAGACGUACCCUUCAUGGCAUUUCGAAGACCCAAGAGCCUGGGGGACUAUUUAGUACACGCUAAACUUAGGCCGUCAACGCGUCUGGAGCGGAGCUCGAAGGGGACAGUGGUGUGUGGUAACAGACGAUGCCAGGUCUGUAAGUACCUAGAACCGGGAGAAAGGUUUACCUCUUACAGAACUGGAAAGAGCUAUACAAUUAACUACGAACUGGAUUGUAAUAGUAGUAAUGUUGUCUACUUGCUGUCCUGUAAGCUUUGUCAUGCGCAGUACGUUGGGUCAACAACAACAAAAUUUAGGCUUAGGUUUAACGAUCAUAAGGCCCGUUUUAGAGCGCAUUCAAGGCUUUCUUUUGAGGGUAGAAACAAGGAUGAUCUUUUGUAUAGACAUUUUUUUGGCCCGGGACACCAUGGUCUUGAGGAUGUCAGUAUACAGUUAAUUGAUAGAGUGUCCGGGGAAGAAUCAGCUCUCCGGGAUAAAGAAGGCCAGUGGGCCUAUAGGUUGAACUGUAUUCAGCCUCAGGGCUUGAAU